CUUGUCCUCAUCCCACCUACAUCCCGUCUCCUGCGCUCUGAGUGUCGAUCGUGAAGGUCAGUAACUAUGCGACGUCUGCAUCAGUUGCAGCUCUACGGGCCUCCUUGCGACAAAGCCACAGGAGGAUCUCUUUACGCAAACAAGGAGAUACAAACUCCGACGGCGACACCCCACAGGCGCCCACAACGCGCCUGUGGCUAUUGUGCUUGUUUGGGGAGAAUGGGAACAAAGGCAGGUGUGGUAAGCGAUCUGCAUUGAAGGCAGAUUUCGGUCGCAUGGCUUGGCGACGUGACAAUGUCGCUCGAGAUACUGCUACAGAGCGAGCUAGCCUAUAAAGGCUCCCCCGGCCGUGCCUCCGGUCCCUCCAUCCGCACUGCCUCCUGUCCGCUCCAAGAACCGCCCGAUACCCCCACACAUCUAGACGGAUAUAAGGCAGGCCUUUGGUACCCCGGUGGUCCAUCAAGAAUCUCCUUCUUCUUACUUCUCGCUGCACCCUCUCGUGUCGCCUCCGUUAAGUCUCGCACAUCACACCGUCCUUCCAACACAUCAUACCCCUUGUAUCAAUGGCCAACUUCACGCCGACCCGCGACACCCGCCCUUCUCUGCCUCCGCUGCGCUCCCUCGGGCUUCCAUACCCCAUUGUGCGCGCAGAGCAGUCUCCUAAUGACUCUUACGACUCCGAUGACCAUCUCUCUUCUGAGGCCGUACAGCCCUAUUCCACCCGGGCCUGGGCCCGCGGACGCCAGUCCUCAGUCUCUUCCACGACAUCAUCGUGCACCGCACCGUCACGCUCCGGCUCGCCAUCUGACACACGGGCCCUCGCGCCGUCCCCCGAGGGAUUUACGCUCUUCCUCACGACGAUGGACAUGGCGGACGCCCUGAUAGUCGUUCCCCAAAUCCCACCCGUUCCCCAGCUCCCCAGUCCGCCACCGACGCCGACGUCCACGACUUCGUCCGCGCCGCGCCCGAGCCGGACAAUCAAGCCGCUUCUCAUCACGGGCCCCCUGGUUCAUCACUUCAAGCAGAACCACACGCGCAUCUCGCAGGUUGCUCGUAUGCACCCGUAUCGCUUGGUCCCCAAGAUGCCUGGCUCCCGCCGUCCGUCUACAUCGCACCCUUCAAUCACGACCAGUCGCCCAUAGGCAUGUCACGGUUGAUGUCCGCUCCGAGGCACGACGGAUCAAUGAUUACGACCGUCCCGCCAUCCGUCUGAACGUAUCAUAACGCCGCUGUAUCCUUAAAUGUAGUCUUACGCUCACUUUCAUCGUUAUGGGUUAUCGUCCUCUGUAUCAAGUACAGUACUAGUAUGUGGAGUAAUUAGGUGUAUCAUCACACAACGAGGACUAUGGUCAAUUAUUAGCAAUCAAUGACGUCUACGAACA